GUCGGUGUCGGUCGUUCGAAGAUUCCUCCGUCUACCCAAGUUCCGCGUUUGAAUCGAAUCAAGUUUCGUUUAUUUUUUCGUUCACACGGUCGUUCCACAAUUCCGGACUCGGAUGCAGCAUCAAUAGCGAGCACCGGCAGUGAAGCAUAAUGAGCAAUAACUGCUAUUAUCAAAUCAUAAUUGUGGCCGCCAUCGGAAGCAUCUGCCUCGGCUUGGCGACAGUGGCCGAAGCCGUUCGAUACGUGCCCAAAUGGAAGAAACAGGCCUGCGAAAUUCCCAACUCGCAGAAUGAGUACUCGCACUACGUGUGCGAUGACAACGGCGACGUAAAGUGCCUCCCAGGUUGGACCGGCGAUUUGUGCGAUGUCCCCAUCUGCAAGAAGGGCUGCGACCCGAUGAAUGGUUAUUGCAAACGUCCGAACGAGUGUCGCUGCAAGCUCGGUUUCUACGGCGAUAACUGCAACCGGUGUAUUCCGCUGCCGGGUUGUCAGCAUGGUAGCUGUAAGGUUUCGUUCGAGUGCGUCUGCCACAAGGGAUGGGACGGUAUCUUCUGCUCGGAACCUAUCUGUCGCGAGGAUUGCCACCCAUCACGUGGAUACUGUGAAUCUCCUGGAGAGUGCCGCUGCCGGCUUGGAUGGGCUGGAGCCACGUGCCGUGACUGUCAAGUGUUGCCAGGAUGUAUGCACGGAACGUGUACAAAACCUCUGGAAUGCAAGUGCCUCCCUGGCUGGACCGGAAUCCUGUGUCAAACUCCCAUCUGCGCCAAGAACUGUAGCCGAGAACAUGGAUAUUGCAGACGCCCCGGUGAGUGCCGCUGUAGAGUCGGAUGGAUGGGUGAAGACUGUAGCAAGUGUCACGCAUAUCCGGGAUGUAAGAACGGUGACUGUCGCAGACCUUGGGAAUGCAACUGUAAACCCGGCUGGGGAGGAAUGCUGUGCGAUGAGGAGUUGAACUACUGCGAGAAGAACCCCAACACGUGUCAAAAUGGUGGCAAGUGCACCUCGUUGAUGAAGGACGAUGGAAACUUCAAAUGUGAGUGCCCAUCCGGAUACAAGGGCCAGAACUGCGAGAUUCUACCGCCGUCGAUGAUUACGUCUUCGUCGUCUACGACGACGAUGGCCACCACUAGCACUUCACAGGCAACUAUCGAUGAGCAUGAACAGAUGACGAGUUUGAGAUUGCAGCUAGGGAAUGUGACAACGCAAUAUCCAGGCGAAGAUUACUUAAACGAAGAAUAUAGCGCCGAGGACGUCGACAACGAAGCUUAAAACGCAGGAUGUUAGUAUUUCUGAACAAGCAUUUAUUUAUUCAUAUUUAUUUCACUUAUUUAUUUUAACAAAAUAAAUUAUUUAUUGACAUA